AUGGGUGAAAUCGGUACGAAUCUGCUCCGGCGGAGGAUAGCUGAACAAGCCCGCGAACAGAGCACGAUACGCGACGCAGCACUGGAGAACAAAUUUCGAAAGCUGCCCAAUUCAACGUCGCCCAGAAACGACAAACUGGUGCACAAUCUGUCAUCAAAGGAGCUGACGAAGGAUCAGGUGCAGGUUUUACGGCACGAAGCUUCAUUUAACACGGCUGACGCCAAACCUGUUAACAUGAUUGCAGCAGUGGAAUCAAUCCUUUGUCAGACGGAGGCAACGGAGGAGACUAAGAACCUAAUCCGACACCAAUUGUCGUCUCUCCUGAUGGCCCACAGGCCGCGGGAAGUGCUUUCCAAGGUCGAACGUGAUGCGCUUAGAGAAUUCAAGGCCGGCAAAGACCUGGUCAUCGUGCCAGCGGACAAAGGACGCGCCACAGUUGUACUGGACAGGACAGACUACCUUCAAAAAGCCAAAGGUUUACUGGAGGACCGACAGUUCUAUGUCCCAUGUGCAACGAACCCUUUAAUGGCGCUGACACGCGAAAUUAAUGCUACGUUGUUGGCCUUUUAGAACUCAGGUGCAAUAACACCGACCGACAGACGCAUGGCGAGACCACAAGAUACGGCUUUGGCCCGAUUCUAUGGCCUCCCUAAGGUGCACAAAGACGGCGCUCCUCUCCGACCCAUCGUGUCGCUCAAAGGGACUCCAACGUACGGACUGGCUAAGUGGCUGUUCCGGCGUCUCAAGUUCCUGACCGCUGAGUCAGACACCACGGUCUCUUCGUCAGCACAAUUCCUGGAGAAACUCAAAGGGGUAAGCAUCCACCCAAAUGAGGUCAUGGUAUCUUUUGAUGUUACAUCCCCCUUUUUACUUCUAUUCCCCAGGACCUGGCGAUCGAGACAAUUGAACUGCUACUACAAAGCAAAUACGAUGAAACGGAGAACCGUCUUGGACACGCCCAAAUCCUUCAGCUCCUGAAGCUCUGUCUCAGGACGUACUUCACGUUCGACGGGACAAUCUACGAACAGGUGAAGGGCACACCAAUGGGUUCGCCGAUUUCGGGAUUCAUCGCCGAGGCUGUCCUGCAACGGUUAGAGUCGCUGGUCUUCCAACACCACAAACCGACGUUCUGGGCCCGGUAUGUGGAUGAUACCUUCGUCGUUAUCGCUCGGGAUCAACUGCUGACGUUCAAGGAACGUCUGAAUGCGGUCUUCCCGACAUACAAUUUACGAUGGACGAGGAAGAGAACAACCAGCUGGCCUUCCUGGAUGUCCUCGUAUGCCGCAUGGAUUGUGGUGGACUAA